AUGUACCGGGCUCUGUACAGCUUCCGUUCGGCUGAGCCCAACUCGCUGCCCUUCGCCGCUGGCGAGACGUUCCUGUUGUUGGAGCGGAGUAACCAGCACUGGUGGCUUGUCACGCGCGCCGGCUCCGGCGAGACGGGCUACGCGCCGGCCUCCUAUCUCCAGCGGCUGCAGGUGCUGGAGCAAGAUGUGGUUCUCCAGUCUAUUGACCGUGCCAUCGAGGCUGUUCACAAUGCAGCAAUGAAAAAUGGGGGAAAGUACAAUCUGGAGCAGAGAGAUGUCCUCCAGAAACUGAUCCAUCACCGCAAGGAGACCGUGUCCCGCAAAAGUCACUCCCCCACCCCGCAGGGGAUGGUGAUGACGCAGUCCUCCAGUGACCACCACCUGGAUGUGGCACGGCAGCCCAACGGGGUGUGCCGGACCGGGUAUGAGCGACACCACAGCCUUCCAAACACUGAGUUUGAGGAGGAGGACGAAGGGCUCUAUCAGAUCCCACCACAGGCCCGGCGUGCAGCUCCCAUCACCCCCCCACCUCCCGAGAAACGCAAGAACGCACAGAUUGCUGCUCCUGGUAAAAGUAAGGACGAACCUGGGCACGAAACGGGCACUGGGCGGUGGGACAGCCCUUCUAGUGCCUCCUCCGUGAGCACAACAUCCUUGGAUACCUUGUACACUGCUUCUUCUGCAUCAGAGACCGCUCUCCCAACAGCUACCUCCAGUCCUGCCAACACCCCACCCCCUGUCCCGAGCCGCAGCGUCCACACCACGAUCACGCGCAACCUGGACAGUGGCUCCGUGACCCACUCCCGCUAUGGGACGUCCCCGAAGGACAGGGCCAGCAAAUCUCCUCAGACCAAGAGGGCUGCCCCGGCGCCACCAGCUGAAGGAGGGACCCAGAGGUCCCACACUGUCGAUGGGGAGAAGACUUCUCAGGUGAAAAAAGCUGCCCCAAACCCCCCAGCAGGCCUGGAUGCCUUCAACAACCUCUGCCUAGAGGAUAAGAAGGCAACUGCGGUAGAGCCAGUGCCACCAGAGCCCAGCGGCCUGGUGGCAUCCGUGCCCAAGACAAUAGGUGCUGAACUGAUCGAGCUGGUGCGCAGGAACACCCACCUCAGCUACGAGCUGUCCCGCGUGGCCAUCGGCGUGGUCAUUGGCCACAUCCAGACCUCCAUUCCAGCAACCAGCAACAUCAUGGAGCAGAUUCUCAUCUCUGUGGUGGAGAGUAAGAAUCUGAGCGCAGGGCUGCCCUCAGGACAGAUCUGCCAUGAUGAGCAGAGGCUGGAGGUGAUCUUUGCAGAUCUGGCCAGGCACAAGGACGAUGCUCAGCAGCGCAGCUGGGCGCUCUACGAGGAUGAGAAUGUCAUCUGCUGCUACCUGGAGGAGCUGCUUCGCAUCCUGACAGAUGCAGAUCCAGAAGUUUGCAAGAAAAUGUGCAAGAAGAAUGAGUUUGAAUCUGUUCUGUCCCUUGUGGCAUAUUAUCAGAUGGAACACAGGGUGCCCUUACGGCUGCUGCUGUUGAAGUGCUUUGGAGCCAUGUGCAACCUGGAUGCUGCAGUCAUCUCAACACUUGUAAACUCUGUGCUGCCCAUGGAGCUGGCCCGGGACAUGCAGACCCACACACAGGAUCAUCAAAAGAUGUGCUACUCUGCACUGGUGCUGGCAAUGAUGUUCUCCAUGGGGGAGCCCCUGCCAUACCAUCACUAUGAACAUCUCAACUCUCAGUUUGUGCAGUUCCUACUGGAUGUGAUCGAGGAUGGGCUGCCCUCAGAUACCACAGACCAGCUGCCUGACUUAUUUGUCAAUGUCCUCCUGGCUUUCAAUCUCCACAUUCCAGUUCCAGAACACAGCGUGAUCAUGACCACAAUAAGCAAGCACUCAAACGUCAAGACUUUCACAGAGAAGCUGCUGCUGCUGCUGAACAGGGGAGAUGAUCCAGUUUGUAUCUUCAAGCAUCAGCCUCAGCCACAACACUCAGUGCUGAAGUUUCUGCAGGACAUCUUUGCCAGCAAGGAUACAGCCAGCAUCUUCUACCACACAGACAUGAUGGUCCUGAUAGACAUACUGGUGCGGCAGAUUGCUGAUCUCUCUCCAGGAGACAAGCUGAGGAUGGAGUAUCUGUCUCUGAUGCACGCCAUCAUCCGCUCCACACCCUAUCUGCAGCACCAGCACCGCCUCUCUGACCUGCAGGGCAUCUUGCAGCGCAUCCUGGGGGAGGAGGAGGAGGACCAGCAGUGCCAGAUGGACAAACUGAUCAUCUUGGAGAUUUAUAAGGAGUUCCCAGAAAUCUCUCCUAGUACAAGCUAACCACCUCUCAGCUUGGACUGGAAUUUGAACCACUUGG